AUGACUGCUAGUGAUUCAGACAUCCGAGACUUACACUCAAACGUUCGUAAAGUACUUACUACGACGAAAAACCCUCUGGAGAAGCUUCGAUGUCAAUGUUUGUUGCGUGGAGCGAAUGGCAUAUAUGGAUUCGGGAAACAAUUUCGUAUAAUGGAUGACGAUGGAAGCAAGUCUGUAUCCAAAGAAGAGUUCAAGAAAGGUUGUCAUGAUUUCGGCUGUAAUUUAACUCCCGAGGAGGUCGAUGAGCUUUUCAAAACAAUUGAUAAAGAUGGUAGUGGGUCAAUAAUCUUCGAUGAAUUUUUGCGUGCUCUACGCCCUCCUAUGUCAAAUUCGCGAAUAGAGGUUGUCAAGAAAGCAUUUUCAAAAAUGGACAAAACUGGAGAUGGAAAAAUAACGUUGGAUGACCUACGUAACGUGUACCAAGUUAAAUGUGAUGCCAAGUACAUGUCUGGAAGAGCGACUGAAGAUCAAGUUCUAAGAGAGUUUCUAAAAACAUUUGAAAACGAAAAGUCUGUGGAUGGUGUCGUUACAUGGGAAGAAUUUUUGAAUUACUAUAGCGGUGUUAGUGCAUCGAUAGAUUCAGAUUCCUAUUUUGAACUUAUGAUGUGGAAGGCAUUCGGUCUGUAA